UCAGGGCUGACAAAACUUUUCAUUCAGUCCUUGUUGUCAGUAAUAUGCAGUGUCCCUUGGGCCAGUAGAAAUAAGUCUAAACUGCUGCGAUUGGUUAUAGUCAGUGCUUCUAAUUGAAACAGCCUGUGCUUCUCAUGGAAUUCUGGGAUCCCUGGCUGACUCCCAAGAAUGCCCAGAAUGUUAGAUUUUUUUUUGCAGGCAUCUUACAUCAGCUUUGUUCAUGACAGAGAAAUCAGGGAACUGUAAGAAACUUCACACCAAGAGCAGAGUGGUGAAGAUAAACAGACAACGAAAGACAUAUCAUCUAGGGACUUGUGUUGAGGAAAGUGUUCUUCUUCAUACAGGAUUUCCAGCGUUCCUGACUCCAUUCUGAGGAAUUCCACCAAAUCUGCUGGUCUGUGGAAUCCACAUCUUGUAGUGUUAGAAGCCAAACAAUGGAGAAGAAUUACAGAAUGUUUCUGUGACAGAAACAAAAUUCACCUAAUGACUGGAAAUCCAUCCAUUUAAAAUGAUCAGUGCUCCCUUUCCGAUGCUGAUGCUGAUACAUUGUCUUGGGCUUGCGGGUGCUCAGGUGAUUCCAGCUGUGUGCCGCUACCCUCUGGGAAUGUCAGGUGGGCAAAUCCAUGAUGAAGAUAUCACAGCUUCCAGCCAGUGGUACGAAUCUACAGCAGCCAAGCACGGCAGACUGGACCUUGAAGGAGGGGAUGGAGCCUGGUGUCCACAAGGACCUGUAGAUCCUGAUGACAUGGAGUUCCUUCAGGUUGACCUACGAAAGUUGCACUUUAUUACCCUGGUGGGAACUCAGGGUCGUCACGCUGGAGGCCACGGCAAUGAAUUUGCUCAGAUGUAUCGUCUUGACUAUAGCAGAGAUGGAAACCGAUGGAAUUCAUGGAAAAAUCGAGAGGGGAAACAGAUAAUUGAAGGAAAUGUAAACCCAUACGAUCCUGUUCUGAGGGAUCUGGACCCACCAAUGAUAGCAAGAUUUGUCAGGUUCAUACCAAUUACUGAUCACUCAAUGAGUGUGUGUAUGAGAGUGGAGCUCUAUGGAUGUGAAUGGUUAGAUGGUCUAGUGUCUUACAGUUGUCCAGUAGGCCACCAGAUGUUCUCAUCCAAACAUCCUACUGUGUAUUUGAAUGACUCAGUUUAUGAUGGUGCAAUCAGUUCAAGGAUGGUUUCUGAAGGACUCGGUCAGAUGACAGAUGGUGUCUGCGGUUUGGAUGAUUUCACACAGAGUCAUGUGUACAAUGUAUGGCCAGGAUACGACUACUUAGGAUGGCGGAAUGACAGUUUUGAAAAUGGCUAUGUGGAAAUAUUAUUUGAAUUUGACCGUAUCCGAAAUUUCACAGCAAUGAAGGUCCAUUGCAAUAACAUGUUCACAAAGGCAGUGAAGAUAUUCAGGGAAGUCCAGUGCUUCUUCCGCUCUGAACCAGGAAAAUGGGAGCCCAACCCUGCCACAUCUGUUCUGGUCCUAGAUGAUGUCAAUCCGAGUGCUCGAUUUGUUACUGUCCCACUACAACAGCGUAUGGCAAAUACCAUCAUGUGUCAGUUCUACUUUGCUGAUACAUGGAUGAUGUUCAGUGAAAUUUCAUUCCAGUCAGACACUGCAAUGUACAACAAUUCGGGCACCACCCCAACUAUGAAUAUAGACACUACAACCCACAUUGACAUAGACAUCAACCCAAUGCCCAAAGUGGAUGACAGCAACACUCGAAUCCUCAUCAGCUGCUUGGUGGCCAUUAUUUUUAUACUGGUCGCUAUCAUCGUCAUCAUCCUUUGGCGGCAGUUUUGGCAGAAGAUGUUGGAAAAGGCUUCACGCCGGAUGCUGGAUGAUGAACUUACAGUGAGCCUCUCACUGCAGAGUGAAACAAUCAUGUUCAACAAGUCCUCCCCACCCAGUGAAGAGGAGUCCAACUCCACCUAUGACCGAAUAUUUCCCCUCGGUCCCGAUUACCAGGAGCCAUCAAAGCUACUCCGUAAGCUUCCAGAAUUUCCUUUGAGCUGGGAUGAGCCAGGAUGUAGCAGUGACUAUGCAAAGCCACUUGGUGCUCCACAGGAUAACGUGCCACACUAUGCAGAGGCUGAUAUUGUGAACCUGCAGGGUGUCACUGGAAGUAACACCUAUUCUGUCCCUGCUGUAACUAUGGAUUUGCUGUCCGGUAAAGAUGUGGCUGUGGAGGAGUUCCCACGAAAACUGCUGACCUUUAAGGAAAAGAUCGGAGAAGGACAGUUUGGGGAGGUCCACCUUUGUGAAGCAGAAGGGAUGCAAGAGUACAUAGACAAAGAAUUUCCAUUUGAUAUUUGCACCAAUCAGCCAGCUCUGGUAGCAGUAAAGAUGCUACGAUCAGAUGCCAAUAAGAAUGCCAGAAAUGACUUCCUAAAAGAAAUCAAGAUCAUGUCGCGGCUGAAAGAUCCAAACAUUAUCCGGUUGUUGGCUGUCUGUAUCAGGGAUGACCCACUCUGUAUGAUCACAGAAUACAUGGAAAAUGGGGACCUUAAUCAGUUUUUAACUCGCCAUGAACCAGAAGGUGCAGAGCCAAUGGCAAGCAAUGCUCCCAUUGUAAGCUAUCCCAAUCUCAUACUGAUGGCCAUGCAAAUAGCUUCAGGCAUGAAAUACCUCUCCUCCCUCAACUUUGUUCACCGUGACCUUGCCACUCGAAACUGCUUGGUGGGAAAGAACUACACGAUCAAGAUAGCGGACUUUGGCAUGAGUCGUAAUCUGUACAGCGGGGAUUAUUACCGUAUCCAGGGACGAGCUGUGCUUCCCAUUCGCUGGAUGUCCUGGGAGAGUAUUCUACUGGGCAAGUUUACUACAGCUAGCGAUGUUUGGGCUUUUGGAGUUACCUUGUGGGAAUCCUUGACUUUCUGCCGAGAACAGCCCUAUUCCCAGUUGUCAGAUGAGCAAGUCAUUGAAAACACUGGCGAGUUUUUCAGAGACCAGGAGCGGCAGGUCUAUCUUUCUCAGCCACCAAUCUGUCCAGACAGUGUGUACAAGCUAAUGGUUAGCUGCUGGCAUCGUGAACCAAAAUCCCGGCCCACAUUCCAUGACAUUCACCGUGUGCUGCAGGAAUCCACCACAGGACCUGGGCUAGAGGAAUGAGCUCAUUCUGAGGAAGAUGUCAGAGGAGCCAUGACUUUAAAAAGACCUCUUCACAUCUGAUUAUUAGUGCGCAUGCAGCCAUUUUAAACUAAGGAGGGUGGAAUGAAAGCCACUGUUUCCAGUGCUGGGAGAUGGGAGCAUAUUUGAAGGAAAGAGGAUCGAGGAUGUGGAAAUAAUUAUUUUUGUAGUAGGAGAUGGAAAAUAUAAUGGAAAUAAUGCAGCACGGGAUAAACAUCCUUGCCUCUUUGUUCGUUCAGACUUCUGACAAUUAAAUAGACAAGAUUAUGAAAGCUGUCCGAUAUUGGAUGAGGAAAGUUUCCUGGUACGGUGCGAGGAGUUGAAAAGACUGGAAGAAUAAAAUAAAUAAAUGUACAGUAACAUAUAAGCAAUAGAAAGUCCUCCCUCUGACCCUUUUUACUCUUAAAUGAUCUAAUCGCAUUUUUAGUAAUACUUCAGGAGGGUUUGUAAAUGCUGUUUGAAAUAGGAGAGCACAAAAUGUUUGAUAAAUUCAUUGAUGUUUGUCUUCUGGAAUUUUUAUUUAGUAUUUGUUUCACUUCAAAAACAUUGCUUAGGAACUUGGAGAAACAAUUUCUAGAUUAUUUUUAAAAAGAAGCACUUUUUGCUAAUUUAUAGGGAAAGGCUUGUUUCUGAGCUUUAACAUUCAAUUUAUAAUAAGGUUUCUUAUGGCUUAAUGGCAGAUAUUACAGAGUCAAAAUAAGUCUACUAAUGCAUGUUGCUCUCUGAGUUAUGACCAAGCAGUAAGGAUGCUGGUUUAAUUUAGAUAUCAGAAUGUUGAUUAGCAGACUUUUGUAUUGCUAUAUUAAUUUGAUUUUUGGAUAUCUGUAUAUUGUUUAGAUGUUUUCAUUUUGAGCGCAGUUAUCCAACUGUAUGUGGAUAUUUAUGCAAAUUUUAUUAAAUAUACAUGCAAAUAUUCUUGGUGCUCUCUGACCAAUUACAAUCAUCUAUUAAUCAUUUAUAUAAAAGUAAAUACAAUGUACAAUCCUACUCUUUGCUCUUCAAAGAUCAAAAAAUAAUAUUUAUAUGCAAGGAAUUGUAUUGAUCUAUCUCAUCUGUACAUGAUUAUAUUCUGCAUCCCCAGUGCUUGAUUGCAACUUAUGAAUCCUUUAAACUGUACUACUAAUUUCAGUAAUUUAUAUGUUUUUUAAUCCAAGACCCCAUUACAUUUUGACCACAAUUGAUUUUUAUUGAUUAUGAGAGUUUCUAUUAUUUUUAUUGUUGCAGCCUUCUUCGGUAUUGAUUACCAUGGUGUUCAAGAUUACUUCUUCUUCAAGCAUAGUCUUAUACAUUUACUUUGGUGUCCUUUAGAUGAUUGUCAGGAUUGUUCAGAAUAAAUACUGAUGUGCACCAUUGAGAAGCAAUAAACAAUCCCACAAUGAAAAACAUGGUGGCAUGGGGUACCAGAGGCAACUGGAAUAUUUUUUUAAGAUAUAGCCCAUCCAACAUCUACACACCAGCAUUUCUUUAAAUAUUUCAGCUUUAGAAAUUACUUAACAGUAUUUUUAGCCAAAUUUCAACCUGGCAAAUAUUACCAUUUUUAAUUCUCCAAAUCACACCUCCGUCUGUACAUAGAUCCAGAAAGUAAGCCAAACAUUCAGUAAACAUGGCACAAUGUCUACUGGAGAUGAGCAGAAUUAAUGUAGACAGAAGCAUCUGAAAUGGGCCAUCGAUGUGAAACAUCAACUGUGUUUUCUCUCCAUAGACAUCUGUUGGUAUUGCCAGCCUUUUCGGUUUUAUUUUUGAUUUCCACCAAGUGCAGUGUCCAUCUUGAAAAUUUCCACAUCUUGUUUUCUAUUCCCAAUUAAACACUUGAUGCCCUUCUCAGCUAACUAUACAUGCUUUACUUUGUACAAAUUGUUCUCCAAAAUUCAGAAAUAAUCAUUUUCAGCUAUAUUAUUAAAAUACUAUUGCUGAUAUCCAUAAGAUGAUUAGGGUAGCCGCACAUAUCUAGUAAAUUGUUGGAGAAAGUCUUUUUGUUGCUUCCACUUCCCUCUUCCCAAAUAUUAGCUCAAAAGUAAUGCUGGGUUGCGUUGCUUUUAGCUCAUAACCACAAGCUGACCAAACCAAUACAAAAAGCUUGGGUCAAAAUAAAGCUGCCGCAUUAUUUUUGCAGAUACCAGCCUAACUCACAAAUUUGAUCAGAUCCCUGUAGAAUUAAUUCAUUUUGGAGAAAUGUGAGGUGAAACAUUCUGACAGGAGGAAUGAAGAGAGGCUGUGUAGAAACAUCUGUUAUGCAUUAAUUACAUAUUGGUAUAUCUCUCAAAG